AUAUACAUCGAAAACUGUCAAUUUAUUCAAUCACACAGAUAUCUGAAGCACAAAAAUGUUCGACGAUGAAACUUUUCACGUCUUUCGUGAUAAAAAUUACAUGAAAGAAAAGCAGAAAGUUAAUCGAACGGAACUACCACGUCGUGCAAGGAACUUCAGCAAAGACCAACUGAAAUUGGCAUUACAAAAGAAAAAAGCAUGCAAUGCUAAAGCACAGAAAAUUGUCCAAUCAAUGCUGGAACCAGUUGAAGAUGUGGAGCACUUUCUGUUGAUGUUGAGAGAUAUCAAUCAAAGUCACUUUGAAGAUGUGAUUGUAGAAAGAGCAAUUGAUCGCCUUUGUGGGUACCCGUUGUGUGAAAAGAAGCUUGAAAACAUACCAAGUCAACAGUUUGUGAUAUCACUCUCUAAAAAAAAGGUGUACGACAUUACAGAGAGGAAAAACUUUUGCAGCGGGGAUUGCUUUAAAUCAGCCAACUAUAUCAAAGGUCAAAUGCUGACCAGCCCACUUUGGCUGAGAAAUCAAGAAGAUAUUCCGAAAUUUAGACUCCUGAGUGAUGGCGAAAGCCUUAAUUCGGGCGGCGAAAAUACUUUCAUGAGUUCAAUGAAUUCGAUCUCUCCAAUCAAUGUGGACGAACUGAAGAUUGUGGAGAAAAAUACCAAUACAAAAGUAGAAGUAUUACCGGAUUGUAUUCAAAAACAGGAAAGUAAGAAUGCACAUGAAGACAGUGAUUUGCUCGCAGAAGGUAGUGACGAUGGAGUUGAAUGUGAGGAAGAUAAACUAGCAACAGGAAUGACGGCAUUAUCGUUACAGAACUAGACGUUGUGGACAAUAAUUUCUGAGGACACGUUUUUGAAUAUUUCAUGCAAAUAAUAAAGAGAUAAAUAAACCUUGUAA